AUGUUCUUAUCCUCUAUAUUUCAGAUUGUACCUGCAAUAUUUGUUCGCUCUUUACAAUUCUUUGCUUCUAAAACAGCUGCUAUAAGUAAUAGCCUAACCUCCAACAAAUCUCGUUCAACACUUUUCAACCUGUCGUCCACAAGCAGUUCCGGUUCCUCUUCCUCUUCUCAGAGAGGAGAUAAUGGAGAAGAUAUAACUUCUGCUCAAGAUAUAGAGUAUUGGUUGCAAAGAUGCUCAAUAUGCUUUGAUGCUCAAUUGGAUUUUUGCUUAGACAUUUGUCGUGACCAAUUCUGUAGAGAAUGUUUUCAAAGAUAUGUGAAAGAAGUUGUUCAUAGUUCUUGGGGUCUCAAUAUCACUAAAAUAAAAUGUCCUUACGUAGAUCAAAAUACGGUCGACCUGUAUAAUACAUACAAUAAACCAUAUCGGUCAUUCUCUCGUUGUUGUUCCGAAUGUGGCGAUGAAGUUUUUGCUGCUCAAGUAUUUCAAAUUUGUUCCGAGGAAAAGAAAAAAUAUUUUAAAGAUAUUUCCAAUCUUCUUCGCAAAUUUUUGGAAAAUUAUGGAACCAUCAAGAAUUCCAAAGGAAAAAAUUCAAUCAAUAAGAAUGAUAUAAAUAAUUUCAUCGUUAAAUUCGAAACUGAUUAUUUAAUUUACAUUUCCGGAGAAAAUACCGAUUUCGGAGUCGCAGAAAUGUAUGAAUACAUCACAAAGAAAAUAGGAAAAUCUAUCGGCCUAAGUUUGGAUGUAACUAAUAAACGAGCUUCAAAACUUUCGCGUCGUAAGUUAAAAACGCAUACUGAUAUGGUAGUAGCUGCUGCAGAAAUCUCUUCGAAAAUCGUUGCAAUGGAGUAUCGCCCGGAAGCAUGGAAAGAAUUGCAAUUUAUGCACGUUUCUAAUUUCCCACAAUCUCAUUGCACUAAAUGUAAGAGUGAUAUUUGUCUUCAAUGUGGGGAUUCAACACAUCAUCCCGGAAUGACAUGUAUUCAAUACAUGCGUCAUAAGGUUGCAAAUCCCCAUUUAUUUAUUACGAACAAACUUUUGCCGCGUAUGGAUGGUAAUGACAUGAGAGACGCACUCGAAAAUACUAAAUGGAAGCUUGCAAAUUCAAAAUCUUGCCCAAAUUGUUCAAUAUUGAUUAAUCGUGAUGAUGGAUGUAAUAAAGUUGAUUGUUUGCAUUGUGGUUAUAGAUUUUGUUGGAUUUGUAGAAGUGGCUGGUCCGAGAAAUGUGGAUUCUAUCAGUGUAGGAUUGGUAAGCAAAAGAAAAGUAGAGACAAACCAUCUGUAAAUAACCUAUUGCUGCAACAAAGUACUUUACAAUUACAAAAUCACCAGCAAUCAGAUGAGGUAUCUCGAAUCGAAGAAUUUCAAGAUGAUGAUGUAGAAAUCGAUGCUGUUUUUUUGAAUGCAUUGGCUCAAAGUUUAGAUGAUCAACCUGAAAUUGGAGUUCCAAAUGUUUUCCUGAUUCAAUCCAAGAUAUCUCCUACAGCUACAAAUUUUUAG